CCUUUCUCUUGUCUCGUGCGAGAGCGCAGAAACCAGCAGGCGGCUCCGGGCUCGCGCUCACACAAGCAGUCUGACUUCUCCUCGCUGCGGCUGCACGGUGACAGCUCUCAUCGGCUCGCGUUCGCAGGAUUUCUUCGCCUCUUUGGAUGUCUAUGUUUUGGUAGCAGUGGACGGACUAUCGGCAACUUAUUGCUCACUCCGUACCGAACCCUGCCUGCUCUGACAUCGUGACUCCAGACAGACACACUGGCUGACGGACACUGAAUUUGAAGUGGGCAGAUAAACAGAUUGGAGGAGAGAGGGAGAAGCACAACCUCUCCAUAGAGCAGUGGCCAGAGGGACAGAGGAGCACAUGAAGAGCGGAAACGGCGUGACAGCAACAUCCUGACCGGUAACCUUGCUUCUGCACCCCCACCACAAGCAACGCAACUCCAGAAGCGGGGCGUCAGAAGGAAGGAAACGUGCGACCUCUCCUCCUGCAGGCAUGAGGUCCUUCCGUUCCUUUAGUAACGAUGACCGCCACGUCAUGGCAAAACACUCCACCAUCUACCCCUCCUCUCAUGAGCUGGAAGCCGUUCAGACGCUGGUGUCCACUGUCGAGGGCGCCCUCAAACACGUCUCUGAUUGGCUGGAUCAGAGCAGCAGCAAUGUCCACAGCCAGGUCGACGGCCAACCAGCAGACAGUACAGAGAAGGGCGCAACUGGCGAUGAGCCCUUCAAUGAAACUGAGGAUUACAGAGAGCCCAGCAGUGGUGGCGUGCUGUGUGGAGUGAUGAGGAUCGGACUGGUGGCCAAAGGCCUCCUGAUCAAAGGCGACAUGGACCUGGAGCUGGUGCUGAUGUGCAAAGACAAACCCACACAGACACUGCUGGACACUGUCUGUCACAAUUUGCCCACACAGAUAGAGAAGCUGACAGAAGAUAAAUAUGAGGUCACAAGCUCCUUUCCCGAGGCGGCCAUCUUGGUAAGAACGACAACAGACCCAAAACUCACACUGACGAUUACCCUCACCUCGCCGUCUAUGAGGGAAGAUGAGGAGGAGGAGGAAGAGGAGGAGGAGGAGGAGGAAGAAGAGGAGGAGGAGGAGGAGGAGGAGGAGGAGGAGGAGGAGUUGGAGAAUGGGGAGGAAAGACGAGAGGAGGAGAAGGAGGAAGAGGAGAAGAAGAAGAAAGUGGAUGAUGAAAAGGAGGAGCAGGAGAAGCAGAAUGGUCGAGUGUUGGGUGCUGCUGCGCAGAGAAUGGAGGCUGAGGAGGAGGAGGGGGAGGUGCUGGAUAGACACAGAUGUCUGUUGGCCCUGGCAGCGCUGCGACACGCCAAGUGGUUCCAGGCUCGAGUGAAUGGGCUCAAGUCCUGCGUUAUCGUUCUCAGGAUACUUAGAGACAUGUGCAAUAGACACCCUGUCUGGGAACCUCUCAAAGGAUGGCCCUUAGAGCUCGUCUGCGAGAAGGCAAUAGCCACCUGCAACAGACCUCUCGGGGCUGGUGAAGCCCUGCGUCGAGUCAUGGAGUGUCUGGCCUCAGGAAUACUGUUACCAGGUGGUCCAGGUUUACAUGACCCAUGUGAGAAAGAGCCAACAAACACACUAGCCAACAUGACCGACCAGCAGGCUGAGGCCAUUACCUACCGUGCACAGCAAGCUCUCAGACUCAUGGCAUUCGGACAGAUCUACAAGGUGUUGGAGAUGGAGCCUCUUCCAUCAAAUAAACCAUCACAGAAAUAUCCUUGGUCUGAUAAAGAAGGCUUAGGUCUGAAGAGGCCAUACGAGGAUGGAGCAAUGGAUGACAAGGAUCUCAUCAAGAAGAUGAAGAGGAAUCUGAGGAAAGUCCUGGACAGUAAAGCCAUAGACUCCAACCAGCCAAUGAACGCCCUGAUGCGGUUGAACCAGAUCCGGCCGGGGCUGCAGUAUCGCCUGCUGUCCCAGUCAGGCCCGGUUCACGCUCCGGUCUUCACCAUGUCUGUGGAUCUGGAUGGCACCAUUUAUGAAGCAUCUGGAUCCUCCAAGAAGACCGCCAAGCUCCACGUCGCUGUUAAGGUUCUCCAGGCGAUGGGCUACCCGACAGGUUUUGACUCAGACCUGGACCCCAUGAGUUCAGACGAGAAGUCGGAUGGUGAGGGGAAGAGCGAGACGUCGUCACACACUAGCAAUAACCCAAAACACUCCACGGACAGUUCCAACACACUGGAGGUGCGAACUCAGGGUCCCAUACUGACAGCAAGUGGGAAGAACCCCGUCAUGGAGCUCAACGAAAAGAGACGAGGCCUCAAAUAUGAACUCAUCUCUGAAAGUGGAGGCAGCCACGACAAACGCUUUGUUAUGGAGGUGGAGGUCGAUGGACAGAAGUUUCGUGGGGCAGGCCCCAAUAAAAAAGUAGCAAAGGCCAGUGCUGCUCUGGCAGCUCUGGAGAAGCUCUUCUCUGGUCCCAACGCAGCUGCAAACAAGAAAAAGAAGAUAUUGCCUCAGACUAAAGGAGCCCUGGCCGCGGCAGCAGCAGCCUCAGCAAUAGCAGCUCAGGUAGCCAGAGGAAGAGGAAGAGCAGCCCUCGCAAGAGGACCCUUCGUCAGUGCAGCCGCACCUGGAUAUGUCACACAAGGCUUUGGGACACCGUAUGGCUACAGCCCUGCUGCAGCAGCUGCUCCUGCAUAUGGUGGUCUUUUCAUUGACAAUCCCUUCUACCAGCCGCGGACCCUCGCUCCUUUUAUCAUUCAUCUGGGUCCCCAAGAUCUCUUCUCUGACUUCUAGGGGCAGCAGGUUGUUGGAUACUCUCUUCACAUUUUCUGUAUACGUCUCAGCGGGCUGCCUCUCUAUCCAGGUGACGGGACUCAUCGAUCCAAAACUUGUUUCCGUUUGAUCAGUCCGCUCAGGGGGGGAUAAAAAAAAAAAAAUGUUCUGCCCGACAGCAGCGACGGAAACUACCGACCGAAAGGCUCAUUGCUCCUCUUUGUUUUCUCUGCUCUCCGCCCAGAUCGUCACUUCAGAGGAGAGAAACUACAUGAAGCAAUACUCAGAUUUUACGAGAAACGUUCAGCUGCGCCGGAAAUGUCUUUCUUAUAGCAAUACACCAGAACUCCUCUCUAUAAGCUUACUUACUUGAGAAGAAGUGAAUGUCCGAUGGAGUUUUACCCAACACAGCAUUGCAAUAGCUCAUUCUGAUUGUAUAUUCAUCGUAUGUGUGUGUGUACGUGUGGCUAUAACAGGACUAUAUACACAUAUAUGUAUGGUGUAUGUUUCUAUAACGACGUGUUGACAAUAAUAUUACCAUAUGAUAAUGUAUUUAUGUAAAUAUUCUAUAAAAUAUAACUAUUGUUGGUAUAAAUUAUUUUAGAAUUAUAAAGUGAAAUGUAACUAAUAUCACAGUAUAGCUUUCUUCCAAUUUUAUAUACACUGAGCAAUUGAAGCUAGUUCUAGAAGAUGCAAUAUUAUCUUUGGUAUUCAUAUUAACCUUUGCUGUUAGAAUGAUAAUGCUUCCUCUUUUCUUUCCUCCUUCGUUCAAACUUUUCCUCUCUCUUUGUAUGUCUUUCUGAGCACGCUCUCCGCUGCCCGAGGUUUGUUUAUGUGACCUGGACCAGAGGUGCUCGCUACUGAACACUCAUAACCCAAUCACACCUGUGUGUGUGCACACACACACACACACACACACACACACACACACACACACACACACACACACACACACACACACGCACACACUUUCCUGUCAGAAAGCACAUUUUCUAUAGUCUCACUGCUGGCAGGGAAUACUGUUACAAAUACGUACUGUAUGUGUAUAGUAUAUAUGUGUAUACUCUGAUGUACGCGCUCCUCCAUCUGCCAUUACGGCAUACGUUAGUGGACUCACCCAUCAACAAUCGUCAGCUCUGUCCCGCUCGCCUUAGGGACCAAAAGCACAGCGCAUAACUACUCCUUCUUUCUGCAAACACACACACACACACACCCCCGUCUAUGGCAAUCUUCUACUGUACGGACAAGAUGCUGCUGGUGGAAGAUACAGCUUUGUCAAAGGGCCUUCUCAUACAAUGGGAAAGACAGAGUACUGGCUGAUUAAUUAAAAGUAUAGCCAUCAAAUAUCUUCAAAAGUGGGAUUUUGAAGUGGUUGGGGAUGACGCCUGUAUGUUUCUGGAGGGAUGUUUUUUUUAACCUUUUGGCUGCCUUUGCUAAAGCUAGAAAAUGUGAAAAUGUAUUUUUUUUUUAAAAAGAAAAGAAACCUGGCUGAAGCUGAGAUGGAUUGAGGAAUUUUAAAGUAAGAAUGCACCGAUGAAACAUGCUCAAUCAGUAUCGACCACAGCAAUCUCUGGCCUCGUGUUACAGUACGUUAACAAGUAAAAAGAUUCCAAUGAGUUCCACACAGUGUGGUUUACAGAUUUUACACUUCGACAAAAGUCUUCAUUAUCAUGUUGGUACUCUGUCUUGCUGUGUUGUUUUAUUGGUGCAUGCCUCGUUUCAGCCUCGUUUCAGCCACUUCUGCAAAACGUCUCCGUGAUGCUCUUAAUGGAGCCGUGAUUCUGAACUUUUUCACAUUCAAGGAAGCAAAAUUAGCUUUCGAGGUCAAAAGGUAUAUUCACUUUGUAUUUUUGAAGAUGUGAAGCAUCCUCAUGCAGUGUGUGUUCCUGCAUUUUAAGCCUCUGCUGCACUGGAUAGUCACAAGGUUGUUGGACUGUUGUGGAGAGAUUUGGGAAAUGGAGAAGGAGUUUAGUUGGUUAUCAUUGUUAGUCUCAAAAGACAUGUAUAUUUAGCUUAGUAGUAGUUCGAUGUGUGGUCCUUGUGUUGUAGGUUUAACGCUGCUGUGGCACCUGUUUUACGCAGGCAGUAAUUAGACUGAGAGGAGAUAUUCCAUUGAACUCUUAAGUGCUUCAUACACACCAGUACGUUGGGUCUAAUUUGGGGUAUUGUUGGAACCAAACAGGUGUUGCAACACUGUUCACACUGAGAGAGCAGUCACAGCACAUUCAGCACUGUGUGGGGUUUCAGGUUCCUGUGGCUCUAAAAGCUCUUCAUCAGUUAUUUAUUUUUAUUCUUUUAAUAGAAACAAGGUGUCACUCAGCGGAAACAAAAAUCAAACAGAAUGUGCAUCAAACGGCUUUGACCCCCUCCCACCCUCACAGUUGCAUUGAUCUGGGCACCAGUUUGAUCUUGUGUGUUUGUGUCUGCUUUGAUUCAACAACAACAACAACAACAACAACAUCAACAUCUGAGGAUAAGACUCGCUCAGGCCCCAUAAGCUUGUCAAGACAAAAAAAAACUGUAAAAACUUAGUUGGAUGUAAAGACACCUCUGAGCUGGCAGCGGAGACAAUUUGGCAGUUUUCUGGAGAUGGAACACAACGUUGCCAUCGAGCUGUGAUGGGGAAAUUGGAUGUAAAGUGAGGGAUAUCCUGUGCUUCCGCCAGUUGAGGUGGAGCAUGCGAGCACUCGGCCAUGUUUGAACAGCUGGUUCCUCGAGCUAAACAACUGGACUCGUCCACACAGCGGGCCGUCUGUGUUACAGCGGGAGUCGCCAACUCCAUGCCCGUGUGGUAGCCACUGUUCUCCCUGUGAGAAAUGUUGUUUUGCUAUUCCAAGCAUUUUCCGUCUAUUCACAGAGCACCUCCGGUCGUCUCGUCUCAUCUGAGCGAGGCCGUGACAUUCUGGUGUGAAAUUCCCGGGGAGGUGAAUAACUUCUUUCUGUGUGGAGACAGAGAGUCUCUCUAUCACCUAGGAAGUCCUCCUAAUUCCCCCUCUGCCCUCUCUCUGUCUUUCUUCCCCCUGUCCUCUCUGUCCAGAUGGGCCACAUUAAUAAGGCAGACGGUCAUACCUCAGUGAGCAACCUUUUCAUUUCCCCUCAGACUGAACAGACACACAGGAGGAGUCACCUGACUACUGACCCUGUCCUCCUGCUCUGUGGGCUGGACGGUUCAGUUGAGAGCUCAGGGAAACACGUCGGACUGAAGAGGUUUGGGAGUGGUCUUCUAGUUAGUUGGGUCCUGCCUGUGUGUUUCCUUGUUGGGCUUUACAAUGAAAUGUGAAGAAAAAAUAGCAUUCUACCCCUUUUUACCAUUACCCCAAAGUCCCUCUCAGUUUAAUGAAAAGGAUGUACUCAAACUAUCCGUAUGGUUUGUGGUCUAAUCAUCGCAGG